UCCCGACCAGGGCCGGUUGCACCUUAUUUCGCCUUACACCUCGCCAUCGACUCACAUACUUUUGCUGGCCGGCCGGAGCCACACGACCACAAGGAAGGAGCUAAGCUAGCACCGACAAACAGCCCUUGCUGCCGUCCCGAUGGCAAGCACCAACAUGGCGUCGGCCACCUCCAGAUUCAUGCUGGCGGCGGGCAUCCCCAGCGGCACCAACGGCGGCGUGAGCAGCCGCGUCAGCUUCGUCCCCUCCAACCGACUGGGCUUGAAGCUCGUGGCCCGCGCCGAGGAGGAGCCCACUGCCGCCGCGCCGGCGGAACCAGCACCGGCCGCGGAGGAGAAACCGGACGCCACCGUGGCCACCAAGGAGCCCGCCAAAGCCAAGCCGCCGCCGAGGGGACCCAAGAGGGGAACCAAGGUGAAGAUUCUGAGGAGGGAGUCCUACUGGUACAACGGGACCGGAUCCGUCGUCACGGUUGAUCAGGAUCCCAACACCCGUUACCCGGUGGUGGUGCGUUUCGCCAAGGUGAACUACGCCGGCGUGUCGACCAACAACUACGCCCUGGACGAGAUCAAGGAGGUUGCUGCUUAAACGAUCGAAGCUGCCGCGUGUGCUCCAUCCAAUGUUUGUAUCAGUAGCUCGUCAAGUGACGAUGUGAAUGUUAGCCUCUCACAAACCUUAUGUGUAAUACCUCUGCGAUUAUAUGUAUUUGCCUGCUUCCUCAUGGACCUAAUAAUCUCCUCCUGUUGCUUAA